CGAUAUUUUCUUGAUUUUCGACCACAAGCUUUUGCUUUGUCGCAGGUACCCAUUGCGAGUUCUGUCCAUGCGCACCGUUAUGUUGAUCAGACAUUAAUCUUGAAUCACGCGCGGCAGCGUCUAGGUUGUUGUUGAUUGUCUUCAUUAUGUCAUCAGACCUGUCACGAGGCGACAAAAGCAUCCAGCUAUCAGAUGAACUGACGGCAGAGGGUAAAUCCGAAAUUACGAUUUGUGAUGGGACGCCAUCGUUAUUUUUCGGGAUUGCCAUAUUGGCAUGUUUCUGUUGUAACUGCUGUUGCUGUAACUGCUGCUGCUGCUGUAGCUGUUGUUGCUGCUGCUGUUCAAUGUUUGCAUUGGUCGGGAGGAAACGGGGGUCUUCGUAUGUACUUUCCGACUGAUCAUCAUCGUCGUCUUCAAAAGAGGAAGAAUCACUCUGACUUUCAAACAGACUCUUGUAAACAGGCAUCAUAUUUCCUUGUAGUUUGUCCAUUGCCCCUAAAAACUGUUCUUCCAUGUCAAAAUUGUUGUCGUAUUGCAUGUUACUACACUUUUUCGGACUGAGCGUCGCCAUAGCGUCUUUGGCAACAGCAUCGAGGCUAUGUAUGGGCAACGGAAGGUUGAUCUUCAAUUGGACCUCGGUAGUAUCUGGACCUGCCUGAUUGCAAUGGAUUCCGCCCAUCUUUUUCAGAUUACCUGCCAUAUCAUUCAAUGCAGAAAAGAUGUUGUCUUCCCAGUUCGAAUCAUCUGUAUCAGAAUCCGAAGAAGAAGAUACCAUAGAGCUUCCAUAUCCCGACGUCGAUCUACUCGUUGAUGUAUGUGCUCGCGUCCCUCUAGUUCGCUCGGUUGAUGUCAUCAUUCCACUUGGUGUGCUUGAACGUGGAGCAUAAGAUUCUUCAUAGAGUUCGGAGUAACGAUGACCAUUGCGUUCCUCUCGAAAUCUAAUGUUAUCUUGUUCAUCCUCAAAUGGUAAGGUUUGUCGAUGGCCGUAGGUCAUUUGGGGAUUCAUUAUAUUGUUUCCAUUGAUAUGACCCGUUUUGUUAAAGCCAUUUUGGUUCAUUUGAAAGUUAUAUUGCAUGACUUCCUCUGGAUAUUGAGGCAUCCCAUUCAUGUAUCCACUGGAUUGCAUUUGUUGCUGCAUUACCCUCCUAUUUUGCUGCUCGAAGAUAACAUUCUGUUGAUGGUAUGGCGAAGCUAUAGCAUGUGGAUAAGGAUGGUUUUCCGUCUGGUCGUUGCCUAGUCGUGCUUCAUCUUCGUAGUGAUCUUGUCGCGAUCGAUCAUAAUGAUGCUGAUUCGAGUUUGAAUUGGCGUGCCUCAUGGUUCGACAAAGGAAAAUGUCGACCUGAAGGUUUGCUUUUUGGUGAAGUGUCUUGUGACAGUAGACCUACAGAAGCUAAGAGGUGAUUUGCUAGACUAUUUCCCCUCAAUGCUGUUUUAACCUACGAUGGUUUGAUCUCCUUCACGAAACUUCGAACAAUAACCGCCCGAAGGUGUCGGUUUUAUUGCGUAUGUGUUUACAUUAGUGGUAACAAUUUUGUGAAAUUCAAUUCAACGCUAAAUUGAGUGAUAAGAGACGUAAAACUGAGCUCUUCGGCGAUAUAUAAUAUUCGUGAAUGAAUAUAUAAAAAAUAUUAUGCGCGUGCGAUUUUGAUCGCUUUAGCGAUGUCAUUGUCGCAAAUCGAACAUCUCCGAAGAAAAUUAAAAAAAAUAAUUUCGCCAAAUACGUAAAUCCGAGAUUGACAAUCUCCUCUCGGAUGGAGUAACAUCAAACGAAGUUCUACGUACAACCGGUCCGGGUACCGUACCGAUGUACGAUACUUCACGAAAAUUGUCGAUCUUCGAGGGGAAGCUUGCCCUGUGACAAAGAAGCCGUCGCAAAUAGACGGCUCGGAAAAGUUUUUGUGACAAGCUGGUUCAAACUUAAAACACCAAGACAAACAACAACUUCGACGAUAAACCGAGGCACAUAGCAGCCAAUACGACAGAACCUGACAAUGUUCGCCGGGAAGUUUCUGAAGCAGACUGGCUCUCUAUUCUCAAGUCGGGGAUCAACCGACACCAGUGCGGUCGAUGAGAGAGAACUCCAUGACUUGGAAGGAAGGGAGCUCCAGAAAAAGACGAAUUCUCGCGAAAUCCGAAGCAACUCAUCUGCAUCCGACUACUCUAAGGAAUACUUCGAAGCCCCUUCGAUGUCAAUCGAUUCCGACAUCGAUAGAUUGGAGGACCUUCUUCAAAUGGGGUGCAUGGAUGCCCUGUUUCUACCGCAAGAUCCAAAACCGGCUGCCAAAAAGUCGCUCGUGAAGGUUAACUCACAGGGGCACAGAGAACUCAAUCUCAACGUAAAGGGAGCCCUUGCAUUGGGACUAGAAGCUCAAAUGAGGGAAGAUGCAAAAAAUCGAAAAGAAGGAAAUCAUAGCUUUUAUCUCGAGGAUGGUACCAAGGUGCCAGAAUUUCAUAAGAACGAUCAUUUUAGAUCUCUCAUGUCGCUGUCACACGAGUCGGCGUCAUCGGGUGACUUCGACGAUGGACGCAGCGACGAUUCUGAUAUCAGGAAUGCAAAUUUCAACCAACCAUUCCAAUUACCGCCACAUCCCAUGCAACAGCCCCACCCUGCCUCUUGGCAGCAUCAACACCAGCACCAACACUACAACCCUCACAUGUUCCAUGAUAACCAGAAUGAUUAUUACCAGCAACAGCAGUAUCAUCAGAUGCCGAUGAUGAUGGCCCAACCAAACAGCCCAUACGCUAUGGUUGCGCACGGGAUAUCACCUCCUUUUCAUCAGCAAGCACCACCACAGGAGAGAAAGUCUGGUAUCAUGGAAGUUAAAUCCGAGGUUUCUGCCCCUGGACGAAUGCCACUUCAAAUUGUUCUUGAAAAUACAUCCUCCUACGAAGAAGAUAGCUGUUUAUCGUACGAGAAUGCCGCUGCACCUGAUCCUCCUCAAUCGUCACUUGAAAGAAUCCCAGAGGACGAUUAUUCUUCUUGUGCAAGCUCCGAGAAAGAAAGCGACACUUCCAUUGUAGCUUGCGGAUCCAUGAAAUCGGACAAUGGUAAAAAUAGUAGAGGUUCUCAUAACCGUGCAAGCAAAGGCGAUGUUCCAAAAGAAAUCAAUCCGAACGAAAUCCUUCCGAAAGAAAUUGUUCCGAAAUCUGGAAAACGCCUAACAAAUUUGGAACGAUGGAAGAAAGCAAACAUUCAGCGCUUGUAUCUCAAGAAGAACCAAAUGGCUCUCACCGGAAUUGGUUCUCCAGAAGAGAGUCCUGCUGCUCAGCAGUCCAGAAGAGGAGAAGUAAACCUGCCUGUCGUCAACAAAGACAAACCCGAAGAUACCGUUUCCGUAGGAUCCGACGAAGCAGCGCAGAGCACGGUGAGUGGAGAAGAAGCCGUCGAAGAAGCCUCCGAAGAAGCUACACAGCCCGUGGAGAGAAGCGGUAGCGACAACACGACCGACACAAAAACCACCACCGAAGUUUCCAACCACCGCAGUGCCCACACCGUUAGCACAGACGACCACGCAAAACCCUUCGACGAACCGGAAACGGUCUCGGAGGCCAUGACCUUCGAUUCGAUUCUGAGCCGACGGAUAGAAAAACGGCGUGCUACGAAGCUCAAAAUGGGCACCAGAUCCGAUCUAGCAUCCUUGGACCAUGACCAUCAUUCGAUGGAAAGCAGUGGUUGGGACAGAGACGACACGGAGAACCAUUUGCCAUCGCACGGACACCACGAUUCGAGCAAGCCCCGCAAGCAAGAGAGACGAAAGAAUCCGUUCGAGGACGAUGAUUUCCUGUGCAGCGACGACGGCGAAGACGAGGACGAGGAUGAGGACGAGGACUACCACCCCCUGCUCACAAAAUCGAGCAGCGAUGACGAUGGCAUAGACAUACCCUCUCCCCGCCACUACUCCAAGCCGAGCCGUCCCAUGCCGCUUCCCCGUGCCCACCAAGGCAGCAGCCCCCGCUACACCAAAACCACGGUGGCCUCCCCCCAGCGCGCGGUCCUGUCGCCCCGGAGCAACGGGGGAAACCGCAGCGGCGGUGGCUUCUCUCCGUCGUCCCCCCGCAGCAGCUACCACCAAAAAUCGUCCCCGAGGGUGUCCGGGAGGGUCGCGGCGGCCAUUCAGAAAUUCGAGAAGAAGACGCCCACCGCCAAGCACCAGCCCCAAGGCUACCAGCCACCACAAAAGCAGCGUUCGGUUCGCGCCAAUGAAUGGCACGGGUCGAUCGAGAACGUGAGCGAGAAAAUGGCAUCGGCUUCGAUCGGAGGGAAGGUUCCACAAUACAGCCCUGACCCCGUGGGGUACUACGGAAUCGAUGAGGUCUGUAGCUACGACACUCCGUUCGACGAGAGCUAAAAGUUAGCUUUCGAAGUAUAAUAUAAAGUAGUGAAUCUG